AUGGCACCCAUCGCCAUCGAGAACAGCCCACCUCCCACCAUCAACAAGGUGCGGGACGGUCAGGCUCUGGAGGAGACCUCCGAUGCCAUCGAUGAGGUCAACGUCCUCAAGGCCAACAUGAAGAAGGAGCAAGAAGAAAAGGAUUUGUACGAAGAAUCCGAGUUCGACAAGUCCAAAGACAAGACAAACUUUCGUCAAUACGAAGAUGCCUGCGACCGGGUAAAGAACUUCUACAAGGAGCAACACACCAAGCAGACCGUCGCCUACAACCUGAAGGCCCGCCACGAGUUCAACAGCCAAACUCGUGCCGAGAUGACCAUCUGGGAAGCCAUGGAGAAGCUAAACACUCUGAUCGACGAGUCCGACCCUGACACCAGCCUGUCACAGAUCGAGCAUCUUCUCCAGUCCGCCGAGGCCAUCCGCCGCGACGGCAAGCCCCGCUGGAUGCAGCUGACCGGUCUGAUUCACGACCUGGGCAAGUUGCUCUUCUUCUACAACGCCCAGGGCCAGUGGGAUGUUGUCGGUGACACUUUCCCUGUCGGCUGUGCCUUUGACGAACGUAUUAUCUACGGCCGUGAAUCUUUCAAGGAUAAUGAGGAUCUCGGCCACCCUAUCUACGAUUCUAAGUUCGGCAUCUACUCUCCUGGAUGUGGCCUUGACAAGGUUAUGCUCUCCUGGGGCCACGACGAAUACCUCUACCACAUCGCUAAGGAGCAGUCUACUCUUCCCGAUGAGGCUCUCGCUAUGAUCCGUUACCACUCUUUCUACCCCUGGCACAGCGCUGGUGCCUACCACGAGCUCAUGGAUGAUCAUGACAAGGAGAUGUUGCGUGCUGUCAAGGCUUUCAACCCAUACGACCUGUACAGCAAGAGUGACGGUAUUCCCAGUGCCGAGGAGCUGAAGCCUUACUACAUGGAGCUCAUUAAUGAGUAUUUCCCCAACAAGGUUAUCCGGUGGUAA